CUUGCCCCUUUUUCCCUUUUCUUUGGUUCGAUUUUUUCUAUAUUGAUUUCAAUUGAUUUUUUUCUUUUUGGUUUGAUAAUUAGCUUGGUUGAGAGAACAAUGGCGAAAGGUUUGAUAUGGGCGACAGCGGAGGAUUUGGCUCGGAAUAAGGGACGUGUUCUGUCUCUCUAUCGUCAAAUAUUGCGGAGCCUCAAUUCGCCGGAGCUGCCGCUUACUUGGGCCGCACGGCUGUCGAAGAAGGCGGAGGCUCGGUCCAUCUUCUUAGUGGCUUCCGAAGAGCGAUCCCUCCACAAUAUUGCCGAUCUUAUUGAUGUAGCUGAGCACACUCUUUCUCUCCUAAGAAAAGGCCAAAUUCCUAAACUCCCCCUGAUAUGAAUGACUUUAUUUAUACAACUGUCAAGCUACUUUCCCUCUUGAGUAAACUGCCAUAGUUAGUACUGUAUUAGAGUUGUCAACCAGCAACAUGAGAGAAAUCAAGAGACUUUCAUUUUAAGGCACAUGUCGUGCCCCCUCUACUGCUUCAAUCGAAAGAAGUAGCCUUCAGACAUCUGCAAUGCCUAGGUGAGCACCAAAGCAACAGUAACAAAUUUAUCAUCCAGACCAGGUUGCUUGCAUGGUUUGCUAAUAAGAAUUAAACUGCCUGAAGGAACUAUAUAAAACUACUGAAUGAUAAGCUGCAGAAUUUGCCGUAGAUUUUGUCAUCAACGUUUUAAAUAUCCAACAAGUUCUUGGACACAGAGAAUCGGUUGAUCUUCUUAGGCUGAAUUUUUUCUAUAGGGCACCUCAGCAACAACAAUCUGAACUGCAGCUUCCGUGCUGUUGGAUUUCCGUCAAAGUCAUGAGCUGCGUGAAGAACCAUUGCUAGAGCAAGUGGAGUCUUCAACAGCAUGAGACGACAAUUUAAAGAGUUUCAACAUCAUGAAGGCAAUUGAAGCAACUCUCAUGUGAUUUGUGCUUUUUGGUCGUUCGCAGGCAUCAACUCUUUUACUUCACCAGUAAUAUGAGUUCAUUUACUGCUUAAGUACUGUGAUAAUUCACUAUGGAAUUUCUAGAACCCAUUGAGGCAUUGCAUUCCUAAACCAUUGCUUUAGUGUCGUUCUUGGAGAUUUCCAUGGAAUCACCUAGAUUACAAAUGAAAUAAUUUUAUUCUUCAGAUUCAGGACUGCUUGAUUAGUAGAUGGAGUACUGUUGAUAUUCCAUAUAUGCUCAAGAAAGGAGGGUGUUAGGUGUAAAGAGUGUCUUAGUACGUGGUAUAAUGGACUAAAAUUGCAAGCAUCACAAUUUGCAUGCUCUGAAAA